CCAUCCAUCAAUCAGACUGGCCUGGCUUUUUGACUUGGGCAUUGGUUGGGUUGGGUUGGAACAAAACCGUGGAAGCUUGAUAGCUUUUACUCACAUGCCAUGUCUUCCAUUGCAGCCUGAUCAUCCGCAUCUUCAAUUAGAACAUAAAAGAUCGCCAUUCCCCUUUCACACCCGCCUGUCGCCACCGUUAACUGCCAACCAUCCAUCCAUCAUUGUCCAUCCCACUUGAUCAUCGUGACCUGAGCACCCCACUUGAUCAUCCUCGGGUUAUCCCCGUCAACCGACCUUUGGCUGUUUGUUUAUCGCGUCGCAGGUAGCUGCAUUUCAUUAUUGUUAUCGCUGCUGCUGUAGCUGUCUUUACCGACAAAAUGGUCACCAAACCUUACGAGAAGAAGCGACUCUAUCUCCAGCACCCAGAGCAGGACUAUGGUAUCGUCAGCCAUCGCGUAACACGAAUCAUUCCUCCUCCUGAACCUUCUCCUCCUCCUCCGCCUCCGGUCAUUGUGAGACCUCCGCUGCCACCACCACCACCUCCACAACCUCAACCACCACCGCCGCCUCCCGUGGUUGAGAAACCACCGCCUCCUCCGCCUUGCCCUCCAGUUGAGAAACCCAAGCCUCCGCCUCCUCCGGUUGUGAAGCCCAGACCUCCUUCACCUCCAGAGGAGCCUAUUGAGGUCAUUGCAGUCGACGUUGAGCCACACAAGAAAAAGAAGAAGCCCAAGUCUCGAUCCAGAAGCAGGCACAGCCACCACUCAUCAUAUGACCACGAUCGAGAGCGCGUCAUUGAGCGUGAGAGGAUCGUCCCUGUACCUGUCCCGGUUCAAGUCGAGCCUCGCUAUGAAACCUUUCGGUACGUUGAGGGAACUCGACGUCGAGAGUAUUCACCUCCAUCACCACCGAGGCGGAUGAUUGAGGAUGAUAGAGUACGGCUCCGUAUUACGGAUCGUGAGCGUGAGUACUACCGAUGAUCAGCAAGUGCUCGAAUGACCGUAACCGGAGCGUUCUAUAACGGCUUUGUCUGUAUUACGAUUGAUGACUUUGAUUCUUUUCAAUAUUAGGUUUUAAGGAAUAGUGUUUCUCCAGGAGUUAGGGAAAUCUGAGUAUCUUUAGAUCAACAUUUUACAAAUUAUAUCCCAAGUUAUCCUAAAACUCGGACUUG